AUGUCUCUUGCUCUCUCCGACAACCUGCCGCCUCAGCCCAUAACCGACAUCUUCACCGAUGACACUAACAUCGACCGUCGCAAGUGCCAUCGCACUGUGCCCAUGAAGGUGCUGGCUCUCGGCGUUGGCCGUACCGGUACAGCCUCUCUCCGCAAGGCCCUAGAGCGCAUGGGCUACACCAAGUGCUACCACAUGAUGUGCGCCAGUUACAAGGGUGAGGGUGAAUUCGGCCGCAAGGAAUGGGACCAGCUUCUGGGCGAUUGCCAGGCUGUCUGUGACUGGCCUGCCUGUGCCUUCGCAAAAGAGCUGAUUGAGGCCUACCCCAACGCUAAGGUCAUUCUGACCACCCGGGACGUCGACCCCUGGCACGCGUCUGUCAUGAAGACUGUCUACUGGCGCGUCAGCGACCCUGAGCACAAGUUCGUGUCAAACUUCAGCUGGGCCGCCGGCAUGUACUACCCCAUGCUCAACAAGUUUUUCGAGACCUUCUUCCGCGGAGAUUUCCCCGGCAAGGGCAAGCAAGUGUACGAAGAGCACGUCGCCGAGGUCCGCAGCCUCGUCCCCAAGGAGCGUCUCUUGGAGUACAACAUCAACGACGGCUGGGGUCCCUUGUGCGAGUUUCUCGAAGAGGAGCGCUGCAGCACCCGCAACCGUCACCAGAUGAUGAACGCCGCUCUCCAGGCCGUCACCGUUGGCGGUACCCUCCUGGCUACUGGCUUCGCAGCCACCAUGGCCUUCAAGCACUUCACCCGCUUCACCCGCUAA